GGGAAAGGCCACUUUGUAUAUUCACGAAAAGUAAAAAUAGUGGUACCUUUAUUUUCUUUUCUUUUCUUCUCUUUUUCCCAUUUGAGCAUUUGAAAAAGACUGGUAAGAGUAGAUUUGAUUCAUGAGCACGAAAAAAAUCAUGGUGGUCAAUUACCACAAAAACUGAAACUGGUGUAGGUGAGGACUAGCUUAGCUUACCAUGCAGUUGUUGAAUUCACUACCCACAAGAACGUUUUGCAGUUACGAUUAAGUCCUUUAACACUGCAUUUUAUUUUUUCUGACACCAAUCAUCCAUCAUAAUCUACACCUUCUUCUUCUUCUCAUCAAUUUUUCGAUGCGAAACCCUAAAAUUAAAACACCGCAUUCGAUGGGUGAAGAUGGCGAUCCUGGGAGCGCAAUGUCCAGCGAAUCGAGGUGGGUUUUCCAGGAGGAUGAGGAUCCCUCCGAGAUUGAAGACUUCGACGCUGCUGAUUUGCGGCAGCAGCCUAUGUUCGAUUCUGAGGACGAGGAUAAUGCUGAGCAGAAACUCGUUCGCACUGGCCCACGAAUCGAUUCCUUCGAUGUCGAAGCUCUUGAAGUGCCUGGUGCUCAGAGAAAUGACUAUGAGGAUAUUAGCAUGGGAAAACAAAUUGUGUUGGCUUUUCAAACUCUUGGUGUUGUCUUUGGUGAUGUUGGAACAAGUCCUUUGUAUACCUUCAGUGUUAUGUUUAGGAAGGCUCCUAUUAAUGGAAAUGAAGACAUUCUUGGAGCAUUGUCACUUGUUUUGUACACUUUAAUCUUGAUUCCAUUAGUGAAGUAUGUCCUUGUUGUUCUUUGGGCCAAUGAUGACGGUGAAGGUGGUACGUUUGCCUUGUAUUCCUUGAUUUGUCGUAAUGCUAAGGUGAGUCUUCUUCCUAAUCAGUUGCCAUCAGAUGCCCGAAUAUCAGGCUUUAGGCUAAAGGUUCCAUCUCCCGAGCUUGAAAGGUCUUUAAAAAUCAAGGAAAGGCUAGAGACUUCUGUGACUCUGAAGAAGAUUCUGCUGUUAUUAGUUCUUGCUGGUACUUCCAUGGUGAUAGCUAAUGGGGUUGUUACACCAGCAAUGUCAGUACUAUCCUCUGUUAAUGGUUUGAAAGUUGGGGUAGAUGCAAUUAAGCAAGAUGAAGUGGUGAUGAUUUCUGUUGCUUGCCUUGUCAUUUUGUUCAGUGUACAGAAGUAUGGAACAAGUAAAGUGGGGCUCGCCGUAGGACCUGCUUUGUUUAUAUGGUUUUGUUCUCUUGCGGGGAUUGGUAUAUACAACCUUGUCAAGUAUGACAGCAGUGUCUUCAGGGCAUUUAAUCCUAUUUACAUAUAUUAUUUCUUUGCAAGGAAUCCAACUAAAGCAUGGUAUUCUCUCGGGGGCUGUCUUCUGUGUGCAACUGGCUCUGAGGCCAUGUUUGCAGAUCUUUGCUAUUUCUCUGUACGAUCAGUUCAGCUUACAUUUGUAUUUCUUGUUUUACCGUGCCUACUGUUGGGUUAUUUGGGUCAAGCUGCAUACCUCAUGGAAAACCAUGCUGAUGCUGGUCAAGCCUUUUAUUCUUCUGUUCCAAGUGGGGCGUUCUGGCCAACUUUCCUCAUUGCUAACGUUGCUGCAUUAAUUGCAAGUCGGGCUAUGACAACAGCCACAUUUUCGUGUAUAAAACAGUCAACAGCACUUGGUUGUUUCCCUCGUCUUAAAAUAUUUCAUACCUCUCGGAAAUUUAUGGGCCAGAUCUAUAUCCCGGUUAUAAACUGGUUUCUCUUGGCUGUUUCUUUGGUGUUUGUCUGCUCUAUAUCCAGCAUUGAUGAGAUAGGAAAUGCAUAUGGCAUUGCUGAGCUGGGGGUGAUGAUGAUGACCACUAUUUUAGUAACUCUUGUAAUGCUGCUUAUAUGGCAGAUACACAUCAUCAUAGUGCUAAGUUUCGUGGUAGUCUUUUUGGGAUUGGAGUUGACUUUCUUUUCAUCAGUUUUGUGGAGUGUAACAGAUGGAAGCUGGAUUAUAUUAGUCUUUGCCGUAAUAAUGUUUUUUAUAAUGUUUGUAUGGAAUUAUGGAAGCAAGCUCAAGUAUGAAACUGAAGUAAAGCAAAAGCUGUCAAUGGAUUUAAUGCGAGAAUUAGGCUGCAAUCUUGGGACAAUACGAGCUCCUGGGAUUGGUUUGCUCUAUAAUGAGUUGGUUAAAGGAAUUCCUGGCAUUUUUGGCCAUUUUCUAACCACACUUCCAGCAAUUCACUCCAUGAUCAUAUUUGUGAGUAUUAAGUAUGUUCCAGUUUCCAUGGUGCCUCAAAGUGAAAGGUUCCUUUUUGGGCGAGUUUGCGCUAGAAGCUAUCAUAUAUUUCGUUGUAUUGCCAGGUAUGGUUACAAAGAUGUUCGCAAAGAAAAUCACCAAACUUUUGAGCAACUGCUGAUGGAGAGCCUAGAGAAGUUUAUACGUCGUGAGGCUCAGGAGAGGUCACUUGAGAGUGAGGGGGAUGAUGAUACCGACUCAGAGGAUGAGUACUCUGGUUCUAGGGUUCUCAUAGCUCCCAAUGGGAGUGUUUAUUCACUUUGUGUUCCUCUUCUGGCUGAAAUUAAUGAUACUAGCAAGCCCGAUUUUGAAGCAAGCACAUCUGAGGAGGCGAGUCCAGCGUCUCCAAAACCCCCAGUGGUUGAUGCAGAGCAGAGUCUUGAAAGAGAGUUAUCUUUUAUACGCAAGGCUAAAGAAUCUGGAGUUGUUUAUCUUCUUGGUCAUGGGGAUAUAAGGGCAAGAAAAGACUCUUGGUUUAUCAAGAAGCUAAUUAUAAACUAUUUUUAUGCCUGUCUGAGAAAGAACUGCAGAAGGGGAAUCACAAAUUUAAGUGUACCUCAUUCCCAACUGAUGCAAGUUGGCAUGACGUACAUGGUUUGAUCAUCAAUUUUCCAACCCAAAUAAAACAAUUGUCAGAAAAUUUGGAAUCAUAGUUUAGUAGCUGUGCGAGGGUCUUGGAAAUAUCUCAACCUACAAAUGCUCUUUGCUUGAUCAUCACUUCUUUUGGGUCCUCAAAUUGUUAAAUAUCUUCCAGCUCAUGAUCUGGACAUUGUUCCGACGUUCAUUAUGUGGAUAUACGAAAUUGGAAUGGCUUUGAGCAGAAAGAAACAGAUAUAUGUAGAAUUUUCAUUAAGAGGGAAAAGAAAACACUGUAGAUCGUUAUGUACACUUUGUGGAUGUGCCAAAUUCCACUUCAAUGUGAUGAACAUCGAGUUUUGUACAACUACCUUUCUUAGGAUAAAUUUCUUUAGUUCGCAUUAAUUGUUGCCCAAUCUCCUAAUGCGAGGCAUUUUAGUUAUUAAACCUUGAAUGAGAUCAAGAUUUCAUUGCUGUGCCUGUCCCGUGGGUUUUGAAACAUUAUAAUCGAUAUGCAAACUUUCCUUGAC